AUGGGUAAUAGGUCAAGUAAAUGUUGUACCUGCAACGAGGAUGAGGCCACAGCCGCUGAUUCCGUAGACGCCAAUCACGGCUUUACCGAGCACGACAGACGGGCCAUCGCGGGAGGGGCCUCUCGAGCUGUUGACUACAGUAUCGAGGAAUGGGCGUCCGAUGUGCAUGGCAUCCAGUCCGCUGCCCUCCUACUCACAGUCAUCACCAGUAUGAUGGACGACGACAUGGAGGGAAGCAAGCUUGGGCGGCUGAAGGAGUAG